AUCUGGGUCUGCUGAAUCCCACCUAGAACCGUGUUGAGCUCUCAUCUAUCGGGAUGAGCAACAGAUUCUUGGGCACCUGGAAACUCGUCUCUAGCGAGCGCUUUGAUGAUUACAUGAAAGCUCUGGGUGUGGGGUUAGCCACCAGGAAACUGGGAAACUUGGCCAAACCCAGGGUGAUCAUCAGCAAAAAAGGGGAUAUUAUAACCAUACGAACUGAAAGCACCUUUAAAAAUACAGAGAUCUCCUUCAAGCUAGGCCAGGAAUUUGAAGAAACCACUGCUGACAACAGGAAAACCAAGAGCAUUGUGACCUUGGAGAGAGGUUCAUUAAACCAAGUACAGAAAUGGGAUGGCAAAGAGACAACCAUAAAAAGGAAAUUGAUGAAUGGGAAAAUGGUAGUGGAAUGUAUGAUGAAGGGCGUGGUCUGCACCAGAAUCUAUGAGAAGGUCUGA